GCGCACCUGCUUUUCCUGCUCACUAAAUUCGCGCACCUGCUUUUCUGCUCACUAAACUUUAUAAAGUCACGACCCCUGCACAUCAUCGUACCCAAUAUCAUAUCUCCUCCAUGGAGUUCACAACACCCAACUCCCAACCGUCCAUCCGCCGCCGAGUAGUGGCGCUGCCAUUUCCCGGCAGAGGCCACAUCAACCCAAUGAUGAACCUCUCCAUGCUUCUAGCUUCCAAGCACCCCGAUUUCCUCAUCACCUUUAUCGUCACCGAGGAGUGGCUAGGAUUUCUAGGCCCCGAAACAGACCUUCCACCCAACAUAAGUUUCGGCACCAUUCCGAAUGUCAUACCAUCUGAGCUGGUUCGAGCCGCUGAUCAUCCGGCCUUCGUCGAAGCAACGCUAACCAAUAUGGAGGAGCCAAUCGAGCAAUUACUUGACACGCUUGGUUCGCGGCCUGUGGUAAUUAUUUAUGAUGUUUUUCUUGGUUGGGUACCUGGAUUAGGCAGAAGGAGGAAUGUUCCUGUGGCUUCACUUUGGCCAAUGUCUGCCACUGUGUUUUCGAUGUUUAAGCACAAUCAUCUCCUAUUGCGAAAUGGGCAUCUCCCAGUAACUAAUUUGUCAGAGCAAGGAGAAAAUGAGAUAGAUUACAUCCCUGGAGUGCCUUCAUCGCGUGUGCUUGAUCUUCCCACGCCAUUUUAUGGAAGAGGUCAGCCUAUCUUACAUAGAGCUCUUGAAGGUGUUUCGGUGGUGCAAAAAACAAAUUUUCUUUUACUUACUUCUGUCUACGAGCUCGAACAGCAAGUCAUUGAUGCUUUGAGAGCUGAGUAUUCCAUGCCUGUCCAUGCCAUUGGUCCUGCCAUCCCUUACUUCAAAAUCAGACAAAAUUGUUCAACUGAAGAUGAAGAUGUCCCUGAUUACAUCAAAUGGUUAGACAAUCAACCUGAUGGUUCUGUCCUGUACAUUUCUCAAGGGAGUUUUCUGUCUGUUUCUAGUGAUCAACUGGAGGAAAUUGUUGCGGGGGUUCUUGAUAGUGGAGUGACGUAUUUCUGGGUAACAAAAAUGGAAUCUUCUCGGAUUAGUAGUGGGAACGGGUUGGUUGUGCCUUGGUGUGAUCAGUUGAGGGUUCUGUGUCAUCCUUCGGUUGGCGGCUUUUGGUCACAUUGUGGAUGGAAUUCUACUAAAGAAGGUGUGUUUGCGGGUGUUCCCAUGCUUACUUUGCCUAUAAUGUGGGAUCAAAUUACAAACAGUAAAACUAUUGUGGAAGAGUGGAAGACUGGAUGGAGAGUGAAGUGCCGAAGUGCAGUUGAAACAAUAACGACGAGGGAUGAAAUUGCUAGACUUGUAAAGAGGUUUAUGGACUUGGAAAGUGAUGAGGGGAAAGAGGUGAGGAAAAGAGUGAGAGAAUAUAAGGAGAUAGCUCGCCAAUCUACAGCAAGAGGCGGAUCAUCUGACAUUGCUCUUGAUGCUUUCAUCGACAACAUUUUGCAAACCAAAGUAGAUUAAAAUUUUCUGCCUAAUUGUUACCAGAAUAGUACCAGAUUAUUCGAAUGGUAAUUGUUUAGUUAUUGUUUCUAAGAAUAAACUAUUAAGGUUAAUACUAAAUUGCCCAUGUUCUGGUCA